GGAACAGCCUGAAAUCUAAUAGUCUGAAGGGCUUUUAUUUUAUUGUGAAAACAUUUCAAAAGCUAAUGUAAUUUCCUUUUCCUGCUCACGUGUAUGUUGUGCAUCGUAUGGCUCUCUUAACUUUACGUCACCGUCACAAACAUUAACACUUAGCAGACCUAAUGGGAGGCAAAAAUAAACAGAGAACUAAAGGCAACGUUCGGCCGUCAAGUAGCGGCCGGGCUGCUGAGGUACUGACCCGGGAAGGUGGGGCAAUCCCGGGUUUUGUUGGUUUCGACACGACGCUCACGUCUGAGCUAAGCUACGUUCCUGCUUUGCACGGCGCAGAGGAGAUUGACAACCUGGUCGAUGCAGACUUCAGAUUAGUGCUCAGGAAACUUUCCAAGAGAGAUGUUGUCACCAGGCUUAAAGCUGUGCAGGAUUUUGGAUCCAUGUGUCAAGAACGGGAUGCUGAAGAUGUCAAAGGGGUCCUUCCGUACUGGCCUCGGAUUUACUGCAAGAUUUCAGUGGACCACGAUCGACGCAUCAGGGAGGGCACCCAGCUAGCCUUUGAGCAGCUGGUGCUUAAAGUGCGUCGCAGUUUAGCUCCCUUUCUGAAGAGCCUGAUGGGCCACUGGAUUCUGUCCCAGUGCGAUAUGUACACUCCUGCUGCAUCCGCCGCACGCCGAGCCUUCCAGGCCGCCUUCUCGGCCGCCAAACAGCCGGAAGCCCUCAGCUUUUGCAAAGAUGAGAUACUUAAUGUACUUCAAGAUGUUUUAUUAAAAGAUACUGCGGACACUCUCAGCGAUCCUCUAAGUCUGACAGAGGAUGAACGAGAAGCCAAAUAUAUGCGCAUGCUGACCAGCUCUCUGCUGGGGGUGAAGAGACUGCUCUCCCUGUUGCCCCAAAAUGACAUGGCAGCCAUGGAGCAGGGACUGGCUGUCCUUGUAAGCCCUGUAAAGUUCUGGAAGUACAGCAGGCACAAAGCACCGCAGGUCAGAGAGGCGUUCUUCGAGAUGCUGUGCACCUUGUGCGAGCUAACGCCAGAGCUCGCUCAGGCUGAAGCGGCACGCCUAUGCCCGGCUGUCCUCCUCAGCAUAGAUGACACAGAUCCUCUGGUGCUGCCCGCCGUGUGGGAGGCCGUUCUUCAUGUCACAUCCUCCAUACCCGACUGUUGGACCCACGUGAAUGCCAAAAAGGGCUUCUUGCCGAAACUGUGGGCUCUGUUAAAAGAAGGGGGCAAAGGCAUGGCGAAAGCCCUCCAUCCUAAUUUAAUGCCAUUCCUCAGCAAACUGCCACAAGAGGUCACAGAUCCAGCCUUGGACUUCUACACCACCUUCUUUACCUCAAUCAUAGACGGGUUUUCCAGUGAGCGUGCCGCCAGUAGCUCCUCAGAGAGCGCCGUCAUUGUGACUUCCACCAUAGAGUGCCUGAGGUUCUGCAUCCUUUGCCAUGCAGCUGAUGAUGAGGACGCCGAGGAUCAUCAGCGCAAAAUACGCACCAUGCUUAUUUCACAGCAGCUCCUGCCGCUUCUAGAAAUGUCACUUGAGAACCCCACCCUUCAGAAUGGUCCCCUUUUCCUCCUGGUAACCGAAAUGCUCGUUUCAUGGGAAAAGAGGGCGAGCAGCGAAUCCAAAGACCGCAAAGUUGUCUUUCAAGGACUUGUGGCAGACUUCUGGGAGGAGCUUGGCCUUGUGUUCACGCGCCUUGCAGACAACGAGGAAGCAGAUCCACAAGCCUUAGAGGGGAUAUCAGCCUUGCUGCAGGUGAUGCGCUACCCUGAGAGAGUAAACAGAAGGCAUGCACAGAAGAAAAAGUCUGUCAAGAUCUGUUUAUCUGAGUUGGGAAACGCAGAGGCCGCAGAGGUGAAACAGAAGGCGCUUCUGGCAGCUAGUCCGUGCGGCUCCCCGCAGACUUGCCAUUUUGAGGAAGUAGUGUGCCAGCUGGUGCAACUGUGCCUGGUGCAUGUGAACGAGAGAUGCUCGGAGAGACAUCUCGUGUUCCUCUCGCUUCUGCUGCAGUCUUUUCACACCUCCAAGAUCUUCAGUAUGUUGGUGGAACUGGAUGACAAAGGUGAAGGGAGCGUGAGCAAUCCGGCCGCGCGUUUCCUGCUAGAGCGAAUAGUGCCGUGGCUGGCCGACAAGGAGCGGAAGGAGACGGAGCACCUGGUGGAGAUGGUCUUUAGCUCGCUGUCAUGCUGUAGCCGACAAGAAACCACCCGCAUCCUCAACCACAUCACCAUGAUGGGACUACAUUGUGGAAUCACUCUGCAAAUCAUCCAACGGGCGUGCAUCGAUGAUGACACCCUUGCCAGUUGUAGGGACUGGCUCAAAGGUUCAGUUCUGGGCGAGCAUCUACUCUGCCUAACUCAGGAGCUCUGCAAGGUCGGACCUGGUCGUUCCGACCCUGCUUCUCCUACCAGCCGGCCCAGCUGGACCCUCAUCAGCCUGGUGCUCUCGCAGCACCACAACAAAGAAUCUUUGAUCGGGGCGGUAUAUAUGGAGAAGAUAUUGGAGAAGCUGCACGCCACGCUGUCGGAAACCAAGAGCAUUUCAGACGCAGGCAACAUGGAGCCGCUCGUGUCCUUCAUCUGUGAUGUGGCCUCUACUUUCUUCUCAUCAGUACAAGACUGCCUGCUUUUACCAUCUGCCGAGGAACUCCUGCUCACUGUCUUCCAGCUUGUUGCUGUAGACCAAACACACACUUACCUAUCAGACUCACUCUUGGAUAACAUGAGAAAGGUGUGCGCCACUGGUGUUCAAUCGCUGGUCCAUCACUCAGAGUCUGAGGUGAAGGAAGGUGGCUUCCUGCACAGUGCCGCCCUUUGGGUGAAAAGCAGGCUACUCACUGCGACUCUGGAUAUCAAAAGUUUGCAGUAUUUAGUUGUGGCGAUACAAAGUGUAGUCGAGACCAUCACCUCUGUCUGCGAUCAAGAAUCCACCAUCCUGGCCCAAUUCUUUACCUAUUUGAUGCCCAGCGUUACGGGAUGGACAAAACUCAGACAGGCCCUGCCUUCUCACUGGAUCAAGACCCCAUUGCUGACUAGCCGUUACAGGGGAAUUUGCGACACCCCCUCUGUCGACACGUGGAAAUUCAAAACGCUAAAUGGAUUGCCAGCCCAUUUGUGUGCAAGUGCGCUGCUCGGAAAGGUGACUCUCUCUAACCCAAAGAGCGGUGAUUUUCAGCCGCUUUUGCCUAAUGUAGUGCACACAGUUGCAGAGUUGCUGUAUGCGCUGCAGUGGUGCAAGGAGGUGGAGUACACCCCGGCUAUUGUUUCCACCUAUCACAGCCUUCUCACUGAGUGGGGGCUGUUGGAGGGUCUUCAGGUCCUUUUGGCAAACAACGAGCUGCUGGAGACCCUCUACUCAAGAUGUGUCGAGGAAGGCGGUCUGUGGUCUCUGACACUAAAAAACUACAUUCAUGCCAACAACCUGGCAUCUACUCACAAUGUGAGCCUGAGGAAACUGUACAGCACUGUUGAUAGUUUGUUGCCAGUGACGCCGAGCACACUGAGCACGCUCCAGGUGCUUUAUCCCACUAUGAGCCAGAAAGACCGAGAGACUCUGGUCACCCUGGCCACCGCGGGAAUCUUCAACUGGGAAGAGGACGACAAUGUGUACGGGAGUGUGGCAGUGCUUCUGUGUUGUCUGGAAGCUGACACACAAGUGGAAGAGGACCUAGUGCACGCUAUUCUAGCCACCAUGAUGGAGUGGAGGAACCGCAAGGAAGACUGGUUCCUCUUUGGCAGUGACUUAUCUAAAGCAACUACACAACAGUUAAACCUGACGUUGGAGCUGAUUCGUUUUCUGUCCUGGCUGGUGAAACAAAGUCCGACAGUACUCUGCAGUAGCCAGUGGGAUUUCUUACUCUGCGCUAUGUUGGCAUGGUUGGAGACCGCCAGCGAGAAUAUAAGCGGCUUGUGGAAUCCAUGGGUGCAACUGUUUGCGUGCGAGAGCAUCUACUUGAUCCUGAACUUGAGUCAGUUCUUCGCAUCUUCCCCGCCUGAUGUCCUUAAGAACCUGCCAUCGGAACUGGAAGGGGAAUGGAGAGACUUCUUUCUGGACGGAAUUUACAACCUGAUGCUUCCCAUGCCUGUCAAAAUCACAGAGGCCUUCAAAGAACCAGACGACGCUGUCUUUCCUCUGGCUGUGCUGCAGUCGCUUGGUGUGGCGCUGACCUACGUGCCCGUGCAGCAGCUGAACCAAAACAACCUGCCAGCUAAAUUCGUUGCAGACCAGAAGACGAACCUCCCGCAGCCUCUUCAGACGCUCCUCAACACAUUCUGUCCUCUGCUGCUGUUCAAGGCCAGGCCUCUGCAAGUCACUGUCUACCACUUAUUGGCCAAGGUCAUGCCUCAGCUUCCUGAAUGUGAUGGCGAAGGAGACAGUAACAAGUCAGAAGAUGAGGGAGAUGAGACAAGCCUCUCUCCUCCGGCCGCUCUGAUGGCUAUGUUGUCAACCUGCGAAGAGUUGUGCGACAGCAUCCUGGCAGGACUUCAAGUAGGAGAGUUUGCGGUGGUGUCACCUCACAGUGUGGAGUACUCCUGCAUCCUGGGCUACCUGCUUGCUUGGAAGCUGCUUCUCACCUUUUUUAAGUCCUCGCCGUCACACCUGCGUGCCCAUUACGCCCAGUAUCUCAAGAAAACCUGCUCCCUCAACAAGCUUCUCCUCCACCUCUUCAAAUUGAUGCCUGAGAACCCCAUCUACUUGGGCCAACCACCAGAAAUGCGAGACUCCAAAACCUUCUUCACAGAGACUCUCACCCUGGCAGUUGACAGAAGGGAUAAUAUUGAGUGGGAGCUCCCCCACCUAGCGUGCAGUGUGUACUACAGCACGGUGCAGGACUUGCCCGCCAUGGUGCGACUGUGGUGGAACAGCCAGGAAAAGCGUGUGAGCGGCGCUGUGGAGAAGUUUACCACCAAGUAUGUGAGCCCAAUUCUUUCAGCGGAGGAGAUCUCGUCUGUCCACGGCAGCACACAAAUGUUUGACAGCAUGACGGUAAAAGCCCGCUCUGCUGCCAGGGAGGUGAUUGCCACCUACUCUGUGGACGAUAUUUUCAUCGAGCUGGUGAUUCAGCUGCCGCAGAGCUACCCUCUGGGCUCCAUCGUGGUGGAAAGUGGUAGACGAGUGGGCGUCUCUGUGCAGCAGUGGAGGAACUGGAUGCUGCAGCUCAGCACAUACCUCACACAUCAGAACGGGAGCAUAAUGGAGGGCCUCGCGUUGUGGAAGAACAACGUGGACAAGCGGUUCGAGGGAAUAGAGGACUGUAUGAUCUGCUUCUCGGUUAUCCACGGCUCCAACUACUCGCUGCCCAAGAAGGCUUGUCGCACUUGCAAGAAGAAGUUCCACUCGGCAUGCUUGUACAAAUGGUUCACAUCCAGCAACAAGUCCACUUGUCCACUGUGCAGGGAGACCUUCUUUUAAUGCACAGCCUUUAUUUAAUAUGUUUAUUUUUAUUAGCUGAUCAUCUUGGGAAUGGGAGUUCCUCUGAGACCAAAACGGUUUGUAUGGUGAUGUCAUAUUUUAUUUUAUUUUGUAGGUGUUAAAAACCUAACUGAUCAGGUGCUUUAUUAGAUUUAAAACUAACCAUUGAACUGAAUCAUUUUACACCCUGAAAGUGGGAUUCACCUUGCAGUGUCUAAUCACGGUUAUAUAAAGAUAUUUUCCUAAUAUUUAGGAGUGUGAAGACAUAAAUGUGACACAUGCCGGUCCAAAACUUCAUCUUUAAGGAUUAUUUUCAUUUCAUAUCAUUAAAUAUCCAACCUGGGUGAUGUGGUAUCUUGCUAUUAUGUCUGACUGCAACUGUACCUCAUGCAUAAGGGAGAAUAAAUUGCGUAUGGACGGAUA